UUCCCUCCUUUAUUUUUUUAUUCACUUUUUUCUCUUACCAAUAAAAAUAAAUAAAUAAAAGAUACGAUCUUUCUCACACUCAUCUUUUUCAAAGAGAAUACUGUUACGUACACAAGAUACACAGAGAGAGAGAGAGAGAGAGAGAGAGAGGAAGAGAGCGCAUGUAGAGAGAGAAAACUGGAGCUGUAGCCGUAUAGCAUAGGCGGCAAAGAGAAGAGAAGGAGCAAGCGAGAAAAAGAUCGCCUUUAGAUCUGAGUUGCUGUUACUCGUCGUUUCAGUGACUGGGCUUUCAUUCGAUAUCAAGAUCAGAGAGUGCAAGAAUUCACUGAGUUUGACUCUGCAUUGAUCCACUGCUUGCCCACUUGAAUUUUCUUGAUUAUCUCAGAAUUUCUCCCUGUUUUAGGCUUUUGUAGCUUGGAAAUCCAAGUGGGCACUUGGAAUUUCCCUUGCAUUGGUGGCGUGUCGGUGAAUGGUGGUUUUCUGGCGGUGGUCGCCGGAGCUCCGGUGAGUUUCCGGGCUGAGCUCCGGCGUUCUUGUGGAGAAUAAGAUCAGGGAAUGAUGUGGAAUUGAGGGUAAGAUAGUGAAAAUGUUCAAGUCGGCGAGGUGGAAGAGCGAGAAGAACAAGGUCAAAGUUGUGUUCAAGUUGCUGUUUCAUGCAGCUAAGUUGCCACAGGUUGGAGAAGAUGCAUUGAUGAUCUAAUCGGACAAGGCAGCAGUUCGGGAUGGCAGUUGUUUCUGGGAGAAUCCCGUGUAUGAAACGGUGAAGUUCAAUCGAGACCCGAAGUUGGGGAAGAUUCAUGAGAGGAUAUACUACUUUGUCGUAGGGACGGGGUCUUCUAAAGUUGGAGUUAUUGGAGAAGCUUCCAUUGAUUUUUCAAACUAUGCCGAGGCAACUAAGGUCUCAUUGGUGUCCCUUCCACUCAAGAAUUCAAGAACAGAAGCUGUGUUGCACGUGUCAAUUCAAAGGAUGCAGGAGUCAGUUGAUCAUAGAGAUGUUGAAGAGAGCGAGACUCCGAAAUCAAAUUAUAAAGAGCACAGCUUGAUGUCACAUUUGAGCAAUGGUGAUAUUGAUGGAAACAUCAAGGACAAUUCCGAGGAUGUGCCUUUUAACAAGAUUACUGAAUUUAAUGGAAACCGUCGAGCAUCUAAUGGAUCUGAUAUCACGAUGUCGAGCUCUGAGAGCAGCUCCGGAGUUGAAAGCGUUCAGCGGGAGCCUGGUGGACUUGUAUCGUCUCUGAGGCCUCAGGGGCUGAACUCCGAUGCACAAACGGCAGUGUAUGAAGAGCAUCAGAGCUCACAUUGGGGAUGGCCAGGAAAUCCUGCCCUUGAAGCUAGUACAGAUGACUCUUCAAGCACUCCGAGAGAAAUAUUUUUACAGCAGCACUUGGAAGAAGCGUCGGAUAUUGUGAUUGAGAAGCUGAAAUCUGAAGUUGCUGCUUUAUCCAGGCAAGCAGAGAUUUCUGAGUUGGAACUGCAGACUCUUCGUAAACAGAUUGUGAAAGAGAGCAAAAGGGGUCAAGAUCUCUAUAGAGAACUUGUUUGCUUGAAAGAGGAAAGAGAUUCUUUGAAGGGAGAAUGUGAGAGACUAAAAGCUGCAAGGAGACGCAUGGAUGAAGCGAAAACUAGAACCAACUCAGAAUUUGAGGGAGGGGAUUUGAGGGUGAUUGUUGAAGAACUUAGACAAGAGCUUAAUCAUGCGAAAGAACUCAAUGCUAAUCUUCAAGUACAGCUUCAGAAGACACAAGAAUCGAACUCUGAACUAAUUCUUGCCGUGCAAGACCUUGAUGAGAUGUUAGAACAGAAAAAUAGGGAAAUAUUGAGCCUCUCCAGUGAAGUGUCCGUGAAAGAUAUUGAUGAUAAGACUCGAGAGGCGGGCGCCACUGGUCAUCGAGACGAAGACAAUGACGAUGAGGAACAGAAAGCUCUGGAGGAGCUUGUGAAGGAGCAUGUUAAUGCCAAGGAAUCAUAUCUUCUGGAACAACAGAUCAUGGACUUGCGUAGUGAAAUCGAAAUCUACAAGCGAGAUAAAGAUGAGCUAGAGAUGCAAAUGGAACAGCUUGCCCUUGACUAUGAGAUCAUGAAGCAAGAAAAUCAUGAAAUGGCGUAUAAGUUGGAGCAGAGCCAGCUUCAGGAACAACUGAAGAUGCAGUAUGAAUGUUCGUCCUCAUAUGCCGCUGCCCAUGAACUUGAAGCCCAGAUAGAAAACCUGGAGAACGAACUGAAAAUACAAAAGAAGGAAUCAGCUGAUGCAUUGGUCACGAUAAAUGUACUUGAAGCCCAGAAAGAACACCUGGAAAACGAACUGAAAAAACGAACAAAGGAAUCCGUUGAUGCGUUGGUUGUGAUAAGUGAACUUGAAGCUCAUGUCAAGAGCUUAGAGGAUGAACUUGAAAAACAGUCACAAGGAUUUGAAGCUGAUCUGGAAGCUCUUAUGUGCUCCAAAGUUGAGCAGGAGCAGAGAGCAAUAAGAGCUGAGGAAGCAUUCAGAAAAACGCGGUGGCAAAAUGCUAACACGGCAGAGAGGCUUCAGGAGGAGUUUAGAAGGCUUUCUGUGCAGAUGGCAUCUACACUUGAAGCUAAUGAGAAACUGGCGACCAAAGCUUUAGCAGAAGCAAAUGAGCUCCGUUUACAGAAAAUCCAUUUGGAAGAUAUGAUCCAGAAAGCUUCUGAAGAACACCAAUCUGUCAAAGAAGAUUACGAGAGUAGAUUGUAUCAACUUGCUAACCAAGUCGUAUUGAUGACAAAGCAAAUAGAACAGAUGCAGUCAGAAAUCGAGGAUAGAGAGCUGCAGCUGGAAUAUCAGAAGAAGCAUGCUGAAGAAACUGAGAGGCUUCUCUCAGACGAAAUUUUAAAGCUCAAGAAUGAGAUCGAUACAUACAUAGCUAAGAAUAAAAUUCUGUCAGAGGAGGUGGAAGCUAAGGAGAGUUUGAUGCAUGAGUUGGAACAAAUGAGAUUAUCUGUUAAGGAGAUGAAAUUGCUCAUGGAGCAAGGGAAUGACGAAAGAAUUGAACUUGAAAGCAGGAUUAUGUUGCUGAAAAGUGAAGCUGAAGAGUUGCAGAAGGAAUUGAAUAAAGCGAGUUGUCUUUUGGAAGAAAAAGAGUUGACAGCUGGGACUCUGCAGUCGGAGCUAGACUCUCUUAAAGCACAGUAUACAGAGUUAAAGCAUUCUCUAUUAGAGGAUGAGUUGGAGAAAGUGGAAUUAAGGAAACAAGUGGUUUUAUUAAAAGACGAUCUGAAGAAGGCGGUAGAUGCAUUAAGUAGCAUGGAGAUGAAGAUAAAGGACGCAGCAACUCUAGAUGCAGAUGAAGCAACUUCAGAAACUAGUACGCCUGUUCCUUGUGGCUCCAAAGAGGCUGCAAAUCUCAAGGGGAAAAUUAAAUUGCUUGAGGAUCAGAUCAAGUUAAAGGAAAGUGCUUUGGAAAUAUCGAGUAAUACAUUUCUAGAGAAGGAAAAGGAUCUUCACAACAAAAUUGAAGAGUUCGAAGAGAGACUGGUAGUGCUCGACGAAAGCAGUAUUCGAUAUUGUGAGAAUGAAGUCGAAAAGGUGGCUCAACCUGCAGAGGAUGAGGCCCUGAAUCUUAGAUUGAAUGAAGAAGAAAGAAAUUCAGAUGAAGAUUCAAGCACUACGAGCAAGAUAUCAGAUGCCAACAAUUCUACAUCAACAUCAAUAAACAGCAAUACUACGAACGAUACUGGAUAUCUUGAUGAAUUAAAAAAUGAAAUGGCGUUGCUGAGGGAUAGGAACGAAUCAAUGGAGGCAGAACUGAAGGAAAUGCAGGGGAGAUAUUCAGAAUUAAGUCUCAAGUUUGCCGAGGUAGAGGGUGAACGACAACAACUUGUAAUGAGAGUACGCUAUCUCAAGAAUGCAAAGAAGAGAUCGUAACAUCUGGUGAACUUGUUCAACUCGGUAUAUAGGUAAAUUAACUUAUUGCACUUCAAUGACGCGAAUCAACAGAUUUUGCAGGGUAUUUUCAAGAAUAAAUUCUUUGUAAAUUGCUGAAUAUAUUUUCUUUCUCGGAAUUUAUUGUUGAUUCCGUUACAUGUAAUAGAAAAUCCAAAAUGGUCACUUCAUCGCGCAAGAACGCUGCACCGUGCCCGAUUCUUGUUCUUUUU